CGGUCGAGGCGGCGGGACGGACACCGCGCUGCGGGCAGGGAGGAGCCUCAGGGCCUGCAAAGAUGCUGGCUGUCCCGGAGCUGGGCCUGCAGGGGCUGUACAUUGGCUCCAGCCCAGAGCGGUCCCCCGUUCCCAGCCCGCCCGGCUCCCCAAGGACUCAGGAAAGCUGUGGCAUUGCCCCCCUCACACCCUCACAGUCUCCAAAGCCUGAGGCCCGAGCUCCCCAGCAGGCCUCCUUCUCUGUGGUGGUAGCCAUCGACUUCGGUACCACUUCCAGUGGCUAUGCCUUCAGCUUUGCCAGUGACCCUGAGGCCAUCCACAUGAUGAGGAAGUGGGAGGGCGGGGACCCAGGUGUGGCGCACCAGAAGACCCCCACCUGCCUCCUGCUGACCCCGGAGGGUGCCUUUCACAGCUUUGGCUACACUGCCCGUGAUUAUUACCACGAUCUAGACCCUGAGGAGGCACGGGACUGGCUCUACUUCGAGAAGUUCAAGAUGAAGAUCCACAGCACCACUGAUCUCACCUUGAAGACCCAGCUAGAGGCAGUAAAUGGAAAGAAAAUGCCUGCCCUGGAGGUGUUCGCCCAUGCCCUGCGAUUCUUCAAGGAGCAUGCUCUUCAGGAGCUGAGAGAGCAGUGCCCAUCACUGCCAGAGAAGGACACUGUGCGCUGGGUGUUGACGGUGCCCGCCAUCUGGAAACAACCAGCCAAGCAAUUCAUGCGGGAGGCUGCCUACCUGGCCGGCCUGGUGUCCAGAGAGAAUGCAGAGCAACUACUCAUCGCCCUGGAGCCUGAGGCUGCCUCUGUCUACUGUCGCAAGCUGCGUCUGCACCAGCUCCUAGACCUGAGCAGCCGGGCCCCAGGCAGUGGGCGCCUGGGUGAGCGCCGCUCAAUCGACUCCAGCUUCCGACAAGCCCGUGAGCAGCUGCGAAGGUCCCGGCACAGCCGCACGUUCCUGGUGGAGUCCGGGGUCGGAGAACUAUGGGCAGAGAUGCAAGCAGGAGACCGCUACGUGGUGGCAGACUGCGGAGGAGGCACGGUGGACCUGACCGUGCACCAGCUGGAGCAGCCCCAUGGCACCCUCAAGGAGCUCUACAAGGCGUCGGGUGGCCCCUAUGGCGCGGUGGGCGUGGACCUGGCCUUCGAGCAGCUGCUGGGUCGUAUCUUCGGUGCGGACUUCAUUGCCACCUUCAAAAGGCAACGGCCAGCAGCCUGGGUAGAUCUGACCAUAGCCUUCGAAGCCCGCAAACGCACGGCAGGCCCUCACCGUGCGGGGGCGCUCAACAUCUCACUGCCCUUCUCCUUCAUCGACUUCUACCGCAAGCAGCGAGGCCACAACGUGGAGACGGCCCUGCGCAGGAGCAGCGUGAACUUCGUGAAGUGGUCGUCACAGGGGAUGCUCAGGAUGUCUUGUGAGGCCAUGAAUGAGCUUUUUCAGCCCACAGUCAGCGGGAUCAUCCAACACAUAGAGGCGCUGCUAGCUCGGCCAGAGGUGCAGGGUGUGAAGCUGCUGUUCUUGGUGGGCGGCUUCGCAGAGUCAGCCGUGCUGCAGCACGCCGUGCAGGCCGCGCUGGGUCCUCGCGGCCUGCGCGUGGUGGUCCCGCACGACGUGGGCCUCACCAUCCUCAAGGGCGCCGUGCUGUUCGGGCAGGCGCCCGGCGUGGUGCGGGUGCGCCGCUCGCCGCUCACCUACGGCGUGGGCGUGCUCAACCGCUUCGUGGACGGGCGCCACCCGCCCGACAAGCUGCUGGUCCGCGACGGCCGCCGCUGGUGCACCGACGUUUUUGAGCGCUUCGUGGCUGCGGAGCAGUCGGUGGCUCUGGGCGAGGAGGUGCGUCGCAGCUACUGCCCCGCGCGCCCGGGCCAGCGGCGCGUGCUCAUCAACCUGUACUGCUGCGCCGCCGAGGACGCGCGCUUCAUCACCGAC